AUGUCAGUACAGAACGGAGUUGGCACUUUUGGCAAAGCCCAUCUCACCGGAUGGGUGCCCACCGUCAACCACAAUGAGGAGCAGCCACUUUUCGACGUGGCCACCACAACCGCCUCAGAUCUCCAGGAAAUGCUUACUGCUGGUCGCAUCACCAGUGUGCAGGUAUUAUAUGAGUAUUAUCGCCAGAUCCUAUCUUACAACGGCUAUCUCAAAGGCGUUUAUCGGCUAUUCCACGGUGCCAUUGACAGAGCCAAGGAACUUGACGAAAAGAGGUCUAUUGGACAUAUACUCGGGCCUCUACAUGGAAUUCCAGUCUUAAUCAAAGACAACAUAACUACCGAAGAAAGCAUGGGCAUGGACAACACCGGAGGGAACCUAGCUCUCGUUGGGUCGAUGGCUUUCAAAAACGCCACUAUUGUUGACAGACUUCUUGCUGCCGGUGCAAUCAUCCUGGGCAAAACCACUCUUUCUGAGAUGAUGUGGUUCAAAGGAACUGGUAUCCGGUGCGGUUGGUCAGCUUUACAUGGACAAUCUCAAAAUCCCUAUAUCAUGGGCGGCAUCGAUCUGUCAGAUGGCUUGGGUGGCCACAGCAGCCCGGGUGGUUCUUCUUCGGGGUCUGGGAUAUCGGUCGCCGCUGGGUUUGCUCCCAUGGCCAUCGGGACUGAAACCGAAGGUUCCCUUAUUUCGCCCUCCACGCGACAGUCUCUAUACACCAUCAAGCCAACUCUGGGCACAGUCCCAAAUGCUGGAAUCAUGCCUGUCAGCUUCUAUCUUGAUGUUGCGGGGCCCAUGUGCCGUUCCGUCAAAGACACGGUCGACCUUCUCUCUAUUCUUGCGGGUAAGGACCAUCCUAACAUCCCCGCCGGUGGAUUUAACUCCGCCAUGAAAGGAGCCGCAGGUUGGAAAAGCCUGAAAGUUGGAACGCUUGACCCGGCCAAGUUCCGCUACGAUAGCUCCCUUCAGACACCCAUACCCGAGGCCAUUGAGCAAAUUCAUCAAGCUACUUUGGAAGGAUACAAACGUAUCAAAACGCUGGCGCAGUCUUAUCAUGGGUAUAUCGAACUCCGACCGUAUCAAGACUUUGAUAUUGAUGGUAAUAACUCGAUUGUUGAGCUGAUGGUCGCCGAUUUCGAGCACGAUUUCAAUGAAUACCUCAAGGGCAUGAAUAACACGAACAUCGGUUCUGCCAAAGAGCUAGCUGAGUGGAAUAGAGCCCAUGCAGACUUGAUCCUACCUCCAGAAUACCCCAACCAAGACUUCAUUAACAAAUCUAUUGCCUUCGACCAUAUGAGUAAUCGGCGACAAGAGCUUAUGGAUCAUAUCACUGCCGUCGGCAAAAGCCUACCAGACGCAAUGGCCAAGUAUGACCUUGACGUGGUUAUUGGCCCGGCAGACAGUUGGUUCAGCAAGUACUCUGCCGCAACAGGCUACCCGCUGUGCAGUCUACCUCUCAACUACAUCGCCUACAACGGCAGACCUGUUGGUCUAGAAGCCAUGGCGAGGAGCGAGGCCACACUGAUCACUCUUAUGAGCGCUUUUGAGGCUACAUUUCCUCAAAGAAAGCCCCCUACAGCCUAUCUGGCCAGAAAGAGCACUGAUUAUACUUAA